CUGGUAGCGCCAUGGCAGCUGAACGAGAUCGAGUUGUUUAAAACAUCGUACUCUACUGUCGUGACGAUUGAGACCAGAUUAUCUUCUUAUUGGCUCGUUCUCUGGCCGGGAAACAUCUCGCAGUCAUUGAAAAUGUUGAAUCGUACUCGCCUUAACCGUAGAGGAGGCCUUAAUACGGUGGGGCUAGCCAAGUGAACUCGCUGAUGUUGUACCUAUGUUUGUGUGUCGGUAUAAGUGAGACAAAUCUUGAAAACGGACGAGUCUAGUUUUCUGUUGCCUUAGUAAAUUAAAGUGUUGGAAACAUCUCAUUUAAAGUAGAAUGAUUCUUUGGUAUCGAGCGAUGCUCUCGCGGAUACAUACCAGUGCUUUGAAUAGGCACACAUCGGAAAAGGCUGUGAAGCAUUUGAUUCAAUGCUGGACAAAGAAGUUUGAUGAAAACCAAGUUCCAGAAGCUGAGAGCUCAAUUAAACACAUCAUAUGCAGUAUCCUUGGACUAAGAAAUGUGAGUCGUCUUGAUACAAUGAGAAACCAGAUCUUAACAGAUGAUGAAUACCAUAGGCUACUAGUGAACACUGAACUAAGGCUUAAAAGAAUGCCUGUACAAUAUGUCAUUGGAGAGUGGGAUUUUUGUGGGUUAACAAUGAAGAUGUCCCAUUCCCCAUCUGUUUUUAUACCUAGGCCUGAAACAGAAGAUCUUGUUACAAUCGCGUCUGAAUUGGUUCAGCACCUAACGCCUGAAGAGGGAAGUCUUCGUGAUCCGUCUUGUUUCGAAAUAGGCUGUGGUUCUGGUGCCAUCAGUCUUGCAUUGCUCAGUAAGCAUGACAAGUUGCGCUGCACAGCGAUAGACGCAAACCCCGCAGCCGUCUCCCUAUCUCGAUUGAAUUCCGAACUGUUGGGACUUGCAGAUCGUGCCUCGUUUUCUAUUGCAAAAUUAGAAGACGAUGGUGUAAUACAUGUAUUCAGCCCUGCUGAUUCCCAAAAAUUUGACAUUCUUGUGUCAAAUCCACCUUACAUUCCCACGGCCGAAAUCUCCGGUCUGCAACCUGAAGUUUUUCGAUAUGAAGACCACCUAGCCUUGGAUGGCGGGCCUGAUGGAACUCGGCUAAUCGAAACAAUUAUUCGCAACUCGCCAAAAUGGCUUAGAGGGGGCGCGUUUAUUGUUCUCGAAAUUGAUCCAAGACAAACGAAAAUGAUUCAGUUAAUUUCUCAAGACUGUGGCAGCUAUGCUGGUUUCAGUGUGCGUAAGGAUUGCUUCGGUGUUGACAGAUUCGUGGUUUUACGGUGUAAAUGAAAAACGUCAUUGAAGGAGAAAGAUGUUUUGGAUUAGUUAUUACAUAUGAAGUAAAUAAAUGAAAGUGGAAAACAA